CGCGGCUCCGUAGGUCCAGUGGCCGGGGCUGCCGUUUCCACUUUCGGCCGCCAGCCGCGCGUCAGGCGCCUUCCAUCACCCCACCAAGAGAGAUGCCAAAUGCAGAUGGUAAAAAACUGUUGCCUGUCUCUGCUCACACUGCCCAGCACUGUCUUCCCUCAGAUGAAAAAACAGGUCUAAGAAAAAUCACUUCCUUGGAUUAAAAAGAAAUCAACUGCUGCCACAGUUGCAGAGUUGUUUUUGUGUCGGAGAAUCAGCAGUUUUGUUCUAAAAAUUGCUUUAAAACUUGUCAAAUGACCUCAAUGGCCAGUCUGUUCUCUUUUACUAGCCCAGCUGUAAAGCGCUUGUUGGGCUGGAAACAAGGUGAUGAAGAAGAAAAGUGGGCAGAAAAAGCAGUUGAUGCUUUGGUAAAAAAACUAAAGAAGAAAAAAGGAGCUAUGGAGGAACUGGAAAAAGCAUUAAGUAGUCCUGGACAUCCCAGCAAAUGUGUUACUAUUCCUCGUUCGUUAGAUGGGCGUCUUCAAGUUUCACACCGCAAAGGCCUUCCCCACGUUAUUUACUGCCGUGUGUGGCGUUGGCCUGACUUGCAGAGUCAUCAUGAGCUGAAGCCAUUGGACAUUUGUGAAUUUCCUUUCGGAUCUAAACAGAAAGAAGUUUGUAUUAAUCCAUAUCAUUACAAAAGGGUGGAGAGCCCAGUUUUACCUCCAGUCUUGGUGCCAAGGCACAGUGAAUUUAACCCACAGCAUAGCCUUUUAGUUCAGUUCAGAAACUUAACUCACAAUGAACCACAUAUGCCACACAAUGCUACCUUUCCGGAUUCAUUCCAGCAGCCCAACAGCACUCCAUUUCCCAUGUCUCCAAAUAGUCCAUAUCCACCAUCUCCAGGCAGCAGUACUUACCCAAAUUCUCCAGCUAGUUCUGGACCAUCUAGCCCAUUUCAGCUACCAGCAGAUACACCACCCCCUGCAUAUAUGCCUCCUGAAGACCAAAUGGGUCAGGAUACUUCACAGUCUAUGGAUACAAGCAAUAUUAUAAUUCCUCAGAUAAUGCCCAAUAUUUCAAGCAGAGAUGUCCAUCCUGUGGCCUAUGAAGAACCCAAGCACUGGUGUUCAAUUGUGUAUUAUGAAUUAAACAAUCGUGUUGGGGAGGCUUUUCAUGCAUCUUCUACUAGUAUCUUAGUAGAUGGAUUUACAGAUCCUUCUAACAACAAAAACAGAUUCUGCUUAGGUUUGCUCUCCAACGUUAAUCGCAACUCAACAAUUGAGAACACCCGGAGACACAUUGGAAAAGGCGUUCAUCUGUACUAUGUUGGUGGGGAAGUCUAUGCAGAAUGCCUGAGUGACAGCAGCAUAUUUGUACAAAGUAGGAAUUGUAAUUACCAUCAUGGAUUCCACCCUACAACUGUAUGCAAGAUUCCCAGCGGCUGUAGUCUUAAAAUUUUUAACAAUCAGGAAUUCGCUCAGCUUCUAGCUCAGUCAGUCAAUCAUGGGUUUGAGGCUGUGUAUGAGCUCACCAAAAUGUGCACAAUUCGAAUGAGUUUUGUAAAGGGAUGGGGAGCAGAAUACCACCGACAAGAUGUUACAAGCACCCCGUGUUGGAUAGAAAUCCAUCUUCACGGGCCUCUUCAGUGGCUGGAUAAAGUACUUACCCAAAUGGGCUCUCCACUUAAUCCUAUUUCCUCUGUUUCAUAGUGCCAAAGUAUUCUUCAGCAACCAUAAUUUUAGUGACCAUUUUCUAAUUUUCCAGAAGCUUCCUGUGUGGAUUCCGUAAGAAUACACCAUGAGUUAGCUUUCUUCUUCUACAAAUGACCAAUUCUAUUGUUUUAUGAUCAUUUUCUCUUCAUUUCAUAUUAAGACUGUCCAGUUUGGAGGAAAACUGAAAACACAGAAAUUCAUUUAUCUGAGGUAUACAUAUCUGAACAUCUUUUGAUUCCACUGGAAGUAUUUUAAUGUGUUUUCAAAGGACACAUUCUUGAAUGACAUUACGGAAUGAAUAACACUAUCUCAUUUGCUGAAUAUAUAUAGCUCCAACUUACCACCAGUUUUUAAUAUUACUGUAUGAUUGUGUGGAUGAUGUAAAUCCACAAACAGACUAGCUUUAUUACACCUAAGAUUGCCUUUAGCUUGAAUAAUAUCACCUCAGUAUGUACAUGUUGACAAGCACCUGUUACAGAUAGUGAUAUCAAAAUGCAUUAGAGCAGGCUCUCUUUUAAGCAAUAGCAAAGUUACUUUCAUCACAUUAAAAUGUUGCCUCUGCAAUGUAGUCCUGUACUCAGAAGGAAAUCCAGGGAGGUCCAGAUGAAUGUGUAGGAUUGGUGCUUAAUUGUUCCAGAGUGUGCACUGUUUGAGUUCACAGUCCACGUUUAUUUGAAUACAAAACACUAAAAUGCUGUAUAUUACAUUGCAAGGAUAUGCAUUGUGUUUUACAUUUUAUUUUGCUUUUUAUAGAAAAUAGCCUGGAGGCUUCCUAAAAAUCUACAGUUGUUAAUUUUGGUUUUAUUUUGUCCCUUUAAAUAUUACUUCUGUUUUCAGGAGAUUUGAAUUUUACUUCAGUAAUUGUUGUAAAACACUUUGUUUUUGAUUGCUGGAGAAGUUCAUGAUAAAUCAUGAUAAUGAUUUAUGAGAAUAUUGUCAUGUGACUGGAAGCUGUAUGAUGUAAAACAAACCUUUAUUUCUGGCAACAGCUACAUUCUUUCAGGAGUAAUCUCAUGGAGGCUGUAUACUGAUUGGUGGGUGACACUGCAAAUUGUCUCUUCUGCUAUCAGCCCCGCCCCCUGUUUUGAUAUCUUUCUUCUCCCUCCACCCUUCCCUUUGCAAUAGGCUAAUAGAUAAUUCCUGCUAAAGGUAUAUAUUGAAUACAUGAAGCAAGUUUUUAACAUUAGUAUGUAUACCUUCAGUAUACAGUUCAUGAAUUUUAAUCAUUCAUGCGCUCUCUUGUAUAAUUUAACAGAAGAGCUGAUAAUCUAACAUCUGGAUCAUAUUUAAAAUUGUUCUGACUAAGCCAGUGGAAAGGCUUAACAAAGUACAGAUGAAUUGUAUGUCCUAAAGAUAUAGGCAUUUUAGCUAUUAAGAGUUAUUUGUUUCCAUUCAGGAAUAUUUUGGUUCUUGGCACUAAAGAGACAAUAUGUUUGAGCCAACAACCAUUACAAGUUAACAUAAAGUUUAACUUAAGUUAAAAUGAAGAUGAAAUUGCUCUAAAUCCAUUUGUAUGAUGCUCAUCUAUGCAACCAGUAAUUUUUUGAAACUGGCUUUAAAUAUAUAAUCUUUUCUUGAAAUUUCAGUUUUCAGUGGUAAAUUGUUGAAGGUUUUCACCCCUCCAAAAAUACAUGUACUGUUGUGAGUUUUAAUUUGCUUCCUUGGGAAACUAAAGGAAGGCAAUCUGUGCCAGAAGUAGCUCUUGGUUAUUUUUUUAAAAUUACUAUUUUUACUUUGCUCCUUCAAUGCUAGUAAUUAAAAGUAAAUUUCUUACAGCAUGGAAUGAAAUUCUGUGUGGAUUCUAUCCAAGCUCAAAAAAGUACAACACUGAAUAAAUAUGGCCUCAGAAUGUUAGCUUUGUUUUUAUUUAAAGAGAAAUAGUACUAUAGUAGCAGAGUCUUAGCCAGUGUGGCUGAGAGGAGAGCCUUCUACACUCUAUAGAGAGUUUUGUCCUUCACUUUUAAUGCUUUAGCCUCCCAUUCACUAGGAUAAUCAAGAAAAUAUGCAAAUCCAGAGUAUAUGUUGGCACAACACAGAUAUCUUUUACCCCAUUUUGAUUGAAAAUUUGUACAUCUUACAUACCUUGAUAUGAUGUUUGAUUAAGUUUGGUACUCCUAAGAUUGUAUUUGGAAGAGGAUGCCUUAUAGAAAUAACCCAAUAGUUUCUUUAAAGAAAACAGAAACGAAGGAAAAAUAAAGUUGUAUAAAAUGAUGGCAAAGAAGAUAGAUCGGGAAGACCCACCCUGGGUCAGAUCAAAGGCCUCUGUUGCUUGUAUUCUUAAACAACUAACAUUAAGAGGCAUGCUGUUUUGUUUUGUUUUGCUUUUACUGAAGGUAAUACCUAGUCACCACAAUUAGUGCCAUUGGUGGCCUUACCAUCCAUGAAUUUGUUUAAAAGUCAACUAAAUUGGCAGCUAUUUAUAAUUGUGAAUUUUGUAAUUUUAAUUGUGCCUUCUGUGUAAUACUUCGAUCUUUCCUGAGUUCUCAUUCAACUUCAGUUCAUGACCUUAUAUUCUAAUAUGGGAGAGGUUUAAGUGCAGUGACCACAACUGUUAGACAAAGUGUGGCAAUAUUAAGAUAUUGGCAAUUUAAUUUUCUGUUCAUUUUGUAAUAUGCCCAGCAUGGAAUUUGUCUUUUUCACAGUAGUUGCUCACUGAGUUGUCAUUUUUAUUUGGCAUAACCAUUACAAUCCCAAGAGCCUUUUGCAGACUAAUUAUUGCCAACUCAUAUGAUGUGGCAAUUCUUUCAAGGCACCUCUUAAGUUAAAUGAAUAUAUAAAUGACUGUCCCUGAAUUUAAUACAAAUUCCUCGAUUUUUGAGAAAUCAUAGAUUAAAAGGACUCUAAUACACGAAAAUAGAUGAAAGCUGGCUUGUUUGUAAUGUAAAAAUUAAGUGGCCACAUGGCAAGGAGAUUGGUACUCUUACCAUUUAAAUAUUGGUAAUCUUGGUUGAUAGUUUUUGCAUUUCAAUAAUCCUGCUAUACACUGAUACUUGAAAUACCAUUUCCUUGUGUAUUCUGUGCUAAUGCCUUUGAAGACUAGUUCUAAAUUCUAGAAAAAUAUUGUAAUAAUUUUAAUUUUAUAGUUAACAGUUUUAAACUUGUGACUCCUGACCAGAGAAGAUGCAAUUUGUCACACAUGGUGGUAUUAUCUUAAGAAUGUAAGAACAGAGCACUGCAAAAUUAAGGCCCAUCUUGCCCAUUUUAUUUCCCACAGCAAUCCACUAGAUGAUAGUUUGUGUCUCUAAGCAGGAUAGAGCAGUAGCCUCCUGCUAUGAUUCUCCAGGGUCUAGUAUUUACAGCGGUGCUCUCUCUGAUUCUAUAUAAGUAACAUGGUUAGUAGCUAUUAAAAGUCUUCUAUGUAAUCAUUUCGUCUGAUCCUUUUUAAAGCCAUCUAAAUUGCUGGAUAUCAGGAUAUCAAUAGAUCACGGUAGUGCAUUCCGUGGUAACCCUGGGUAAAAAAAAUGUAUCCUUCAUAUUUGGCCUUGGACUCAAAUAUCUUGAGAGGGAAGUAGAUGAUAAAAAUUCUUCAAGGAUACAGAAUAAAAUUGUGUACAUGUUAUGAGAAAAGAUGUUUUGAAAGUUAAAAUUUGAAAAUUCACCUUACAAUGCUCCAUUGUAUAGGUAAAGGUAAAGGUUUCCCUUGACAUUAAGUCCAGUUGUGUCCGACUCUAGGGGGCGGUGCUCAUCUCCGUUUCAAAGCCGAAGAGCCAGCGUUUGUCCGUAGACACUUCCGUGGUCAUGUGGCCAGCAUGACUACAGGGAACGCCGUUACCUGCCCGCCAAAGCGGUACCUAUUAAUCUACUCACAUUUGCAUGUUUUCGAACUGCUAGGUUGGCAGGAGCUGGGACUAGCAACGGGCGCUCACCCCGUCACGUGGAUUCGAACCGCUGACCUUCCGAUUGGCAAGCUCAGCAGCACUAAUUUCUGCUGGAGUUCUAAAAGGCAACAGAUUACUCCAGGGUGACUCACUUUGAAUGGGAGAAAUAGAGAUAAUUGUUUUGCUAUCUUUUAUUUUAAGCAGCUGCUUAUGCCUUGCUUUUAUUGAAUAUCCUGUUAGCUAAGGCCAGAAUUCCCUGGGAAUUCUGAGCAGUUUCUUCCUAAUUAAAUGAGCGGGAACUAUAAAGAGUGCCAGAUGGAUUGUGCCAGUUAGUCAACCGUUCCCAACCUUGCAGCUUCCAGUUGGAAUUUCUAGAAACUCGUGCUGGCUGGGAAUACUUUAAUUUCUAGAAAGCCAGAUAGCAGAAGUUUGCAACAGUAUGUCUGUGAGAGACAACAACAGAGAAACCCUGAAUGUUUUUGGAUUGCAAUUGAUUCCACUGUAAAUCAAUAAUCCAGGUAGUAACAUCUAAUAACACCUUCUGUUGAAGUGAUAACUCAUUUGCAGUUUUUCUGAAAUGUUUAAUCUGAAUAAAAGCCCCCCUCCCCUUUUUUUUUUUACUGCUUAAGCCAUUUAUAUAUCUUCAGGUACCAAAACAAAAUUGACUUUUUGAUGUAUCUUGAAUUGUGGGCAGCAGAAGUUACUUUGUGACUUUGCAUGCAGUUUCAGUCAAAUUAUUGCCAUCAGAAUAUAUGUAGUAUUCUUGUAGCAAAUGUAUAUUUUUGGACUGUAUUACAGCAAUAAGCUAAUACUGAUUUUCCCUUAUUUCUCUGCUGGGACAAAUGUAUUAAACACUAUUGCAACA